GCAGAAGGAGAAGAAAGAAAGAUAUGUCACAGUAGAUGAGAGCCAACAAAAAUAUUUUCUGAAAUGUGUCAUCACCCACCAAAUCGACAAUCCUCCAUGCAAACCUCUGUGCUUACACAUGUCACCGUUUUCCCACCUGUCCAUCUCUCCAUUCUUUUAAAUCCCACCUCUCUCUCUCUCUCUCUUUGACCAGUCAUAAACAUCUAAUCAAACCAAAUCCUCCAUGGCCGAACCGCGUCAAGUACAACGUCCUAGAGAAGAGCAAGGCAUCAAAGGCCUUUUACCCGAGAAGCGUCCUUCUACGUCGCAGGUUCUUGCGGUGGUUACCCUUCUUCCCGUCGGCGGUACUCUUCUUCUCCUCGCCGGUAUCACCCUCACCGGCACCCUCAUCGGCCUCGCUGUCGCCACGCCGCUCUUCAUCAUUUUCAGUCCUGUUUUGGUGCCCGCGGCAAUCGUCAUAGGGUUGGCCAUUACGGGGUUUCUCACCUCGGGAGCCUUCGGGAUCACGGCGCUGUCAUCGCUGUCGUGGAUAGUGAAUUACGUCCGUCGAAUGCGAGAUCCGCAGUGGAUGGAGCAGGCAAAGCGACGAGCGCAGGAGGCAACAAGACAGGCGGGGCAGAAAACAAAGGAGAUGGGUCAAACGGUGGAGAGCAAGGCCCAGGAAGGAGGGUAGACCCAGACCUAAAAACUUGAGCCAUGGGGUUUAUGGGCCGUUUUAGGUUGGGUUUAUAAAUGCUAGUUUAUAGAUUUCGUCGUCUUCUUUCCUUUUCUAAAGGCGUGCAUGUAUAAAGUUUGAAAUUUUAAUCGUAUUUAUAUGCUGCAUUGUGUUCCAGUGUAUCUUGGCUCCUGGUUUUUCCUCCUGUAAUUUAUUUAUUUAUAUAUC